AGAUGCACUUUUUGUUUACAUUUUGUUACGUGUUAUGCAACGCUUGAAAGGCUUGAAUGCGGUCUCACUGAUGAUCACGGUCAUAACUGAUGAUAAUUUUACACUGUUUGUUGGAUUGAGUUAAAAACCUUCAGGGGAGCGGUUUGGUAAAUUGUAACUAUAGUUGGCGACAGCACAAUGCCCCUGCUGGUGCUGGGGAGAGCUGGUGCAGCGGCCAGCCUGCGCCGCUGUCUGGUGAGCAGGCGAUCUGCCCACCGCGCCUCGGUGCCCACUGAGAUGUCCGCUUGGCAGAUCCACCGCUAUGGAGGUCCGGAAGAGCUUCAGCUGACCACCUCCCAUCGCCUGCCGACCAUCACUCAGCCCACCGAGCUGCUGAUCAAGGUUCAUGCUGCCAGCAUCAACCCCAUUGAUGUAGCCAUGCUAGGCGGGUACGGCAGCACCACCAUGAACCUGAUGCGCCAGCUGUGCGGCACCCUGGAGUUCCCUCUGACGCUGGGCAGGGACGUGUCCGGAGAGGUGGUGGCGGUCGGCGGCGGCGUCAGCCAGUUCCGGCCCGGCGACCAGGUGUGGGCGGCCGUCGGACCGCAGCGCCAGGGCACCCACGCCGAGUACGUCGCCGCCGCCGCCGGCAGCGUGUCUCUGAAGCCUCGCUCGCUGUCGCACGUCGAGGCGGCCUCCAUACCGUACGUCGCCGCCACGGCCUGGUCGGCGCUGGUGGUGACUGGCGAGCUGGUCUCGGAGGGCACCCGGCGGGACCGGCGCGUGCUGGUCUGCGGGGCCGCGGGGGGAGUGGGCUCGCUGGCGGUGCAGCUGCUCAAGGCCUGGGGCUGUCAGGUGACGGCGACGUGCGCCACUGACGCCGUCGAGCUGGUGGAGUCGCUCGGCGCGGACGUGGUGGUCGACUACACGGCUCCGGACGCUGACGAGCACCUGAAGCUGAUGCAGGGGUACGACCUGAUCCUGGACUGCAGCGGCGGGCAUGGCGAGCGGCACAUCCCGCUGAUGAAGCCGUGGACGUACGCCAAGUACGUGACUUUGUCGCCGCCGCUGCUGAAGAACAUUGACGCCGACGGACUGGUGGCCGGCGGUGUGAGGAACCUGGCCGAGCUGGUUCAGAGCAACAUCAGCAGCCACACGCAGGGCAGGAGCCACAGAUGGGCGUUUUUCAUGCCUAACGGCUGUGCGCUCAGUCAGGUCAGGGACCUGGUUGACGACGGAAAGAUCCGGCCGGUGGUGCAGCGGGUGGUGCCGUUCGAGCUGGUGCCGGACGCGUUCGUACAGCUGCAGGGCGGACACAGUCGCGGCAAGACGGUCAUCCGGGUCGUGGACGAGCCGCCCGCGCCCUCUGAGCCGCCCGAGACGGACACGGGCGCGCCCAGCAGCGACAGGAGCGGCGCCUAGUGGCUGAGUGGUGAACUGCGGGCCGCCGUGCCAGCCCUGUAAACGUGGACGUGGAGUGAACUUGUACAGCUGUAUUUGUUGUAUUUGUGCUGCUGUAGUGACUGACUUGCCUCAAAGGUGUUCGGUGUUUGGUUGAUGUCGUGUGAUAUUACGCCAGCAGCAGAUUCAACUUGCUCAUGACCUGGAACAGGCCCACAAUAAUGUAGCAAACAAUGUUUCAACACGGCUGCCAGGGCCGUGCUGCUUAGUACGCGAUUUGAAGCAGAUGUUAAGUUGAAACUCCGAAUUGCUUACGUAAUGUUUGCUAGACUUCACCGUUCUCCGAAAAUGAGUAAGCAGUUGACGGAUUUACGUUUUCAUUGGCACCAAAACAUAAUUUUUACGGCUCAUUGUGAAAGAUGGCUCACUAUGCUGAUGCUGUCGGUAUAGCAAUUAUGUCCGAAGCAUUUAUGUUUUUGUGAUAUGCUUAUUUGUAACGGAACGAUAAUUUGCUACCUCAUGCUCUGGAUUUUUUUAGCUCGCAUUUAAUGUCCACGGUCCAUUUUUUAUGGCUCAAUGGCUGCAUAUAUCAGACAGUGGUGUAUUCACCACUCUCUAAGAGUGAUGAAUGCUUCCAGGGCAAGGGGUACAGAAAUCUCCAAACACAUGUCGAUAUGACGCUGGUUAAUAUUUCUCCGGAUGUGCCGGGUGGCAGGUGCUCGUGUUGUUUGUACUGAUUCCGUGAGGAAAGCUUUUCCGGAGAAUAUUGCGGCUUCCAGAGCCUCGUUGAGUUUUGUCUUGCCAUGGAAGCUUGUGACAUCAGCCGGUGUUAGAGGGAUUUCAAAGCAUUGAAAGUCCCUGUCGUGUUUCCACCGUCUGAGUGUUUGCAGUGAAACUGUGACUGACAACUGUUGGACGGGAUGAGCGUACCUACAAGAGCUGAAUAAAUGGUGGAUGAAUAAG